UCCCCCUGAUUUAACCAGGCCUAUAAUGGCCCUUUUUAGAACUCCUACGCGGCCACUCUUUACACCACAUGUCUUGCAUAGCCGACAACUACAAAAUAUCAUUUUGAUUGCUUCUUGCUUGAUAGUUUUAUUAUUUUUCAUAUACCACCAUGAGCAGCCUGCGCCUCCCGAGAUCCUACCAUAUCAAACCUAUCCGCUGACCGACGACUUCACACAUCAUACGGUGACCGACUUUUUCCCCAAGUCUGUACCGACGGGCAUCAACUCAACAGAAGACAUUUGCCGCUCCUUUCCGAAACAUGUUUUGUCACGAAUACAGCCAGUUCUCAAAACUGGUCACGGAGAUAACAAAGAGAGAUUAGACGCGCAGAUGGAUAGCACUAGUGCCUGCUUUACGCCAGAUGAGCUGAUCAUCUUCUCAGACCUUGGCGAGGAUAUUCGAAAUCAUCGUGCUAUUGACAUUCUUGCCGAUCUGCCAAGCUCUCAUUAUAAUGCCACCACCUUCAAGAUGUGGGGAGAGUAUUUAUCCCAGAAAGAAAUGCAAAGAAGUGGUAUUUUAGACACUGAGGCACAAACGGAGCAUAUCAAUGGAUGGGCUCUCGACAAGUUCAAAUUCUUACCGAUGAUGGAAAGAGCGUGGGCUAUGAGGCCCAAUAGAGACUUUUACGUCUUUUACGAAACAGAUACCUACAUAUUUUGGGAUAACCUAUUCCGUUUCCUUCAAAUGUAUAAUCCAGAUGCAAACGUUUACAUGGGCUCGCCAUCUCCCGGUCGCCGCGAUCCAAAACGAAGAGACCAGGGGACUUUAUUUGCCAAUGGAGGUCCUGGAUACAUCAUUAGUCGGGGCGCCAUGAAGACUCUAUUGCAGCGCACCACAGGUCUAUUUGGAGAGUAUACAGAUGAGCCGCUCUCGACAAAAUUCAGUUAUCUAAAUCAUGAUGAUGAGUGCUGUGGCGACAGCGUCCUGGGAUGGGCAAUGUGGGAGCAGGGCAUUCCCAUGCAUGGUCACUUCCCGAUGUUCAGUCCUUAUGCCCUUCACGAAAUUCCUUUCAAUGACCAGCAUUGGUGCCAGCCACUGAUAACGCUACACAAGACAUCUCCGAAAGAUAUGGUGGAUUUGUUCAGCUGGGAGUUCAAUCAACGGAAAUCCGAUCGACCAUUGUUAUAUUCUGAUAUAUGGCAAUUUCAUAAACCAGGUACAACCCCAAUCCGUGAAGAUCAAUACAACAUGGGCAAGGAAGAGAGGUAGAUAAGGGAUUAAAGGAUAAGAAGGGGAAUGCAGGGGUUAUAAAUAAAGCAGGAUGGAAUGAAAAUCGUAUAAGAGAAUGGAGACAAGGCAGGAAGUGUAAUAAAAUUACUUGGGUAGGAGCAAAUGUAAAUAGAAAAGUAUAAUUAUUAUAAUUAUUACUUAUUGCAAAUAUUACUUAUUAUAAAUAAGAAUAUAUUA